UGUGGGUAUUGUAUUUCCUCAUAUUUUGACAGGCCGUUGGUGAUAUUCCGAUGUUGCAAGUUCUACUAUGGAUUCUUCUAAACCUCUCGGCUCCCUUUCUGUGGACCAUGGCCAAUUAGAAUGCACAUUUUUACCUUGUUUGUGCGUUUUCUCCCCUAUUACACAAAUCAGGCCGACUUGCUUAUUUAUUUAUUUAUUUAUUUGUAAUUACAUUUCAUAGAUCCAGUUGUUACACAGUAGGGCUGGAUAUAAAAUUUGUCACAUACAAAGCCUUACAUAAAAGAUCACAUGCAAUAAAUAUAAAUAUACAAUAUUAAAUAUAACAUAUUAUAAAAUUUAAGAUAUAACAUAUUAAAAUAUAUAUGAGGUAAAUUGAGCCACAUGCAAAGAGCACAGAUUGUCAGUCGUGAGAGCCGAAGUAUGGUGAACUGGUUGAAAUUGCAGGGUAUGCAAAUGCAUAGUGAAUACAAGUUUGUGGCACCAGUAUUAAAAAUUGUAGAGUAGGUUUUCUGUGCAUUCUGGUAGCCAGCUAUUGAUGUUCUGGAAGCAAGAGGUUCACUCAAAAUGGGUGGAACAAGCUGCCUUCAAAACUUCAGCAAAUCUGUUAGACUACACAACGUGAAAUAAGACAGAAUGCCAAGAAUUCUGCUACAGAGAGCUGAAGAAAUAUUUCCUGCUCGGAGAGUAAUAAUGAACUAUAUAAAUUCAGAGAAGGUUUUAAUGGGUCCAUAUGGUGAGAUAUACCCAGCAAGUCAUGAUGUAAACCAGUCCAUGAAUAUAAAAGCGGAGGAAGUCUCAGACUCACAAGAGGAAGUGGAUCCUCUGGAAAUAACAAUUCAGGAGAUAAAGGCUGAACCUGAGGACUGUACAAAUUCAGAGAACAUUUUAGUGGCUCCAUAUGUUGAGAUAUACCCAACACCAGAUAAUGCAAAUCAUGCUGUGUAUAUGAAAGCUGAAGCACUCUCAUAUGCAGAAGAGGAAGAGGAUCCUGUUGCAAUAACAUUUCCAGAACUAAAGGCUGAACCUGAGGAUAAUUUGAAUGAACUUCAACCUGUACAUGGUGAGGAGCAACGAUAUCCCUGUGAUGAAUGUGGUCAUUCAUUCAGUGAAGAGCAAAUUCUGAUUGCACAUCGAUGCAUACAUAGUGGGGAGCGGCCAUUUUGUUGCACCCUGUGUAAUAAGUCAUUCAGGCUUAAGAGAAUCCUGAAGUCACAUCAGCACAUACAUAGUGGGCAGCGGCCAUUUUGUUGCACCCUGUGUAAUAAGUCAUUCAGCCGUAAGAGUAAUCUGAAGUCACAUCAGCGCCUACAUAGUGGGGAGAAGCCAUUUUGCUGUAAUAUAUGUAAUAAGUCAUUCAGUGUGCAGAGUAGACUGAAGACUCAUCAGCGCAUACAUAGUGGGGAGAAGCCAUUUUGCUGUGAUGUAUGUAAUAAGUCA